AAAUUAUAAACAGAAGAAAAGGUAAAGGACAUUACCGAAGAGUUAUUAUAUCGAAGGAAAUGAUUAAAGGAGUUGCGGGAAAUCAGCAAUUAGAGUUACCAGCUGGAUUUAGAUUUCAUCCAACAGAUGAGGAAUUGAUGCAACAUUAUUUAUGCAAGAAAUGUGCUGGACAGUCGAUUUCUGUUUCAAUUAUAGCUGAAAUUGAUCUUUACAAGUUUGAUCCAUGGCAAUUACCUGAGAAGGCAAUGUACGGUGAAAAAGAAUGGUAUUUUUUCUCACCAAGAGACAGGAAAUACCCAAAUGGUUCAAGGCCAAACAGAGCAGCAGGAACUGGUUACUGGAAGGCAACUGGAGCUGAUAAACCUGUUGGAAAACCAAAGACAUUAGGGAUUAAAAAGGCACUUGUUUUCUAUGCUGGAAAAGCACCUAAAGGAAUUAAGACCAAUUGGAUUAUGCAUGAAUAUCGACUUGCUAAUGUGGAUAGGUCUGCUGGCAAGAACAAUAACUUGAGGCUUGAUGAUUGGGUAUUGUGUCGAAUAUACAACAAGAAGGGCACACUUGAGAAGCAUUACAAUGUUGACAAGGAGAGUGUGAGUUUUGGGGAAUUUGAGGAAGACAUAAAACCAAAAAUUUUACCCUUUGCACAAAGUAAUGAGAUGCUCACACAAUUAGCACCGGCACCGAUGCCGCCACGGCCACAAAUGAUGCCGACAAGUGACCACUAUCACUUCGAAACGUCCGAAUCUAUGACUAGAAUGCAUACAACUAACUCGAGCUCUGGCUCAGAGCAUGUCUUGUCGUCAUGUGACAAGGAGGUUCAGAGUGCACCCAAAUGGAACGACUUCGAAAACACCCUUGAUUUCCAGAUAAAUUAUUUGGAUGGUUUACUAAAUGACCCUUUUGAACCCCAAGUGCAACAACAAAAUUGCAACAUUGACCAGUUCAGUAAUUUCCAGGACAUGUUCCUAUACAUGCAAAAACCCUACUAAAAUUUGUAUAAAUCAUUGGAUCUAAUUGAUUGUUAUCCACGACUUUUUCUUA